CAUGUGGGGCCACACUGACGAGGAGCCUCCGGUCCGACGCCUCUGCGCUGCUGCGUGAAUCUCUGAUCACUGAUCACUUCUUCUUUUUCUUUUUUCUUUUUUUUGCUAAGGAGCGACACUGCGGAUGAUUAUUUUUUUCCACCUCUGGCGGAUUUAUUGAUUGUCUUCGAAAAUGGAUACAUACGUUUUGAUUUCCGUGUUAUCAGUGAUGUACUCCUGGAGUUUGUGCACAGUUCUGUCCGCGCCUGCUGGGGGAGAGACAGCCGCCGACGCCGCCGUCUCCGCGGUGCGCCAUGUGCGCAACAAGCGCUGCUCGUGCGCCACUUUCCUGGACAAGGAGUGCGUGUACUUCUGCCACCUGGACAUCAUAUGGGUCAACACACCCGAGCGCGUGGUCUCUUACGGACUGGGCAACGCUCCCAGGACAAAGCGCGCGCUGGCGGACUCCAUGGCAACCGCACCUCGCUGCCAGUGUCUCCUCGAAAAGGACAACACGUGCACGAGCUUCUGUCGACCGGACCAACGCCUCAGGUCUGAGACGCGGCACGACUCCCUGAUCCUCUCUGCCGAGGGCGAAGGCUGCGCCGGGACGCAUGAGUGCAAACACACGCUGGCAGCCGACACCAGCAGGAUCAAGAGGACGAGGAGCAGCCGCAAGAAACAGGGGUCGCCCCCGGCGCCGCUCGCGGUCGCCCUGAAGACGCGCCUGCUGCUGGAGAAGUGGAGGGUGCGAGCAGGGCCCCCUAAAGACCACCGAUAAACCACCACACCUUCGAAACACAGAGAGGGGAAAGUGUUUCUUACACCGAGCGGGCCCCUUCUGGAAGGGCACCUGCGUGCCGGGGCAGCCCCAGUGCAUGCAGCGGGCCCCCUCGGGGAAGGCUGCCGGAGAGCCAGCACGGGGCCCCCGUCUCCGCGCCGACGCCAUGGCUGCGGAGUCAGGAGGCGCGUCCGCGGCAGAGCAGAGAGCGGUCGCGACCCGACCUGGUCGCACUCGGGCAGACGGAAGAACCGGGUUCAGGCGCGAUACUCCGGCGGACGGAGGGCUCACUUGGCCACAGUCUGCGAAGUCGAGGACAUUCAUUCGUUCCUCUCAGACGUUCAGACAUCACGGUCAAAGAUCAAUAAUAAAAAAAAGCACCAAAUACCAUUUCAACAACUUGACCUGACUGGAAGGAUUUCACAUGAAUUCCUCUGUUGCAGAAAACAAGAAAAAACAUCACUGCGAUAUAUCAAUGAAGCAGUUUCACUUACAUUAUAUUUCAAAAUGACAUAAUUACACUGUUCCUCCGUACAGUUGUUUCACUGAGUCACACGAGGCAUUUUUUUCACCGACUGAAACUAUUUACUGCAUUUUACGUAACAGGUCGCCCUCCUGCAUGUCAGGGCACAGGUCGCCGUCGCUACAGUAGCUGCUGCUGUUCUCACAGUCAACACUCUUUGCAUUUAUCAUAAUUUAUUAUUUCACUGUAUGUAUGUAUGUAUGUAUGUUGUUGCCGUGUUUUAUUUAUUUAUUCUUUGUUGGCCAUAUUGGUCCAUCACAUUUGGAUUUGUUAUUAUUUCUGUGAAAUGUGUUGUUAUCAAGGCGCCGUAUUGUGGCCAAAUUUGAAUAAAACUUUAUACACAACG